GCACCUUCCUCUGCCCUCAGGCUGGAUGGAUGUGUGCCUCCUGGUACAUCCGUGUAACCCUCCAGGAGCAGGCUUACGAACCUUCCAGCGAAAGAGGCUCGUCUGUCUCUCCUUGAGGGACCCAACGCACGCAGACAGGAAAGACCACACCACACCAGUGUACACCCACAUGCACACACAACCGCAUACGAGCCAAGAAACACGAAAAGACACGGGAGAUGACGUGGAAAAAUCCGGCCGACGUCAGAAAACACGCAGCAAUCACAUCACAUCACAUCACAUCACAUCAGGUGACCGGACACCGUGCAAGCCAGCGCCUCCCCGCUCGCGGCUGUUGCUGUUUCUCCCUCAAAUCAGGCCCCCUGUGACUUUGCCGGUGCGAGAGGCGUCAGCUGGUAGAAGCGCCAGAAGCCGUUGUGGUGCACCUCCUCCACAUCGUAGCCCGCCGAUUUGGCGAUGGCGCGGAGCGUACUCGGCUGCGCACGGUCGUACACACCACACAGGUAUAGAAAGUGGUGGAGGGGUGGGUGUGCUGGGGAUUUGGUGGGGUGGGGGACGAUUACCCUGAUGGCUGUGCCGAUGGCAGCGGAUGAGUGCCAGCACUUGGAAGCGGGCAGGCAGUGCAGCACACUGAAGCCGUAGUUCAGUCGACCCAAGAAAUUGUUGGGCUCAUCCGACGGCGAACCGAUCUAACACACAGACACAAGACACAUGGAUGGAUGGAUGGAUGGAUGGAUGGGCCCACUGGCUCACUGACCUUGGUAGGGUCUUUGGGUAGCAUUUCUUCCUCAGUGUCCGGGACGCCCUCGUCAGCGACAAACACGAUACCGUCGUCGUGCAGCAGCGGGAGCAGGGACUUGAGCACCGUCUCCGGAUUGUGCAUGUCGUGCAGCGACUCGCAGAUCAUUAUCAAAUCGUAGUCGCCGUCGGACACCUCGUGGGCGUACUUGUGGUGGAGCGCUAUGCGGUCACUGACGCCCUCCGCCUCGAUAUUCUGACGCGCCAAUUCAAGCGACUUCCUGGCACGCACAAUACGAUCGACCACUGGUUGUUCGUGCGUGUCGGUUGUGUGUCCCGCCCUCCCUCCCUCCCUCUCUCACUCGUCUAGGUCUACGGCAUCGAUGACGUUUGUGAGAUGGGGCAGCCCCUUGGCCAGCGUGAUGGUGCUCCACGCCUCCCCACACGCUGCCACACACACAGAGGGAGAGAGAGAGAGAGGGGGGGGGGGAGAGAGGGCAUCUUGCAUGAGAAUGGUGGGGUGUGCUGUGUGGAUAGCGAGCACUCACUCACUCACUCACCGACGUCGAGGAUCUUCGCCCCGGGUGUCUGCAGCUUGUCCCACACCUUCGUCUUUGGCAGCCACUCCUGCAGCAUCUCGUGCUUGUACAACGGCCGAUUGCCCUCACUGAUGCCCUCCAACAGGUCCGGCCCGUAGUCAUGGUAGGGCAUGCCGCCACCCGUCCUGCACGCUCACACACACACAGAUGGACGUGCAGCGGACGGCAACACCACUCUCUCUCUCUCUCUCACCGAAAGGCCUCCUGCAGUGCGCCGAGUAUCGGUGUGAUGGACGGCAGGAAGCACGUGAAGGCGGCGCAGUAGUUGGGAUGCUCCCUGUCACAGAGGGCCGACGCGUGGCCCGCCGGCAGGAUGAAGGCCGCCUCAUCGUUUGGCGCCUUGAUCAGGUACCCCUGCACGGCACACGACUUGAGGAACUCGACGAUGUACCUCUCAGACAGCUGCAUCUUCGUCGCCAACGCACUGGCUGCACAGAGAGACAAACACGCGCAGCAUCGCCAUCGCCAUGCACUCAUGAGUGUGUGUAAUUCAUGAGUUGGCUGACCUGUGACGGGCGUUUCGGUGCCGAACGAUCUCAUGGCGUCGAAGAUCUUGAGGCGGUGGCCCAGAUACAGCUGCAGCACUCCCAUCGACGCUGCGCACAAGAGGAAACACACACGCGCGCAGUGUCCCGUGAGCCUUUUCACGUUCCCUACUUGCGAGAUCAUUGAUGAGACGCUCCUGAAAGCCCGCCGCAUCCAUGAUGUCGACGAAAGAGGGACAACGCCGAUCUGGC